UCUGUCUCUCUCUCGUACCUACGCGCCAGAUCCAUCUCUCGGCCCUCUCCAAAUCCCUCUCUCGCCCCUCUCCCCUCUCCACUCUUCUCUUUCUCUUCCUCUGGAUCUCUCCCUCCUCUCUCUCUUCCUGUCGAUCUCUAUUCUCGCUCUCUCUCUCUCUCUCUCUCUCUCUCUCUCUCUCUCUCUCCACCCACGUUCUUGUUGCCGAAGCCCUACCCACGCACGCCCUCUCUCUCUCUCUCUGAAGCUCGGUUGAGCAUUUAUUCAAUGGUCCAUGCAUGCGGUGUCCCAUCUCCCAACAGAUCAACGGCACAAGGAUGAUCUCCUACUUGCAAUAGUUUGAAGGCCAGGCUUUUUAUUUGAACUUAAGUAAGAGGAACUACCAGCUGCAAUCAUUAUGCAGGCAUCAAGGGCAAGGCUUUUCAAGGAGUACAAAGAAGUGCAGCGAGAGAAAGCGGUGGAUUCAGAUAUUCAGCUCGUGUGCGAUGAUUCUAAUAUAUUUAAGUGGACUGCUCUUAUCAAGGGACCUUCAGAAACUCCUUAUGAGGGUGGCGUGUUUCAGCUAGCAUUUGCCAUUCCAGAGCAGUAUCCUUUGCUACCCCCUCAAGUGCGGUUCUUGACGAAAAUCUUCCAUCCAAAUGUGCAUUUUAAGACAGGAGAGAUUUGCCUAGACAUCUUGAAGAACGCUUGGAGCCCUGCAUGGACACUCCAAUCUGUUUGCAGGGCCAUAAUUGCUUUGAUGGCCCACCCUGAACCCGAUAGCCCUCUCAACUGUGAUUCAGGCAAUCUUCUGCGAUCAGGCGAUCUCAGGGGAUACAGAUCAAUGGCUAUGAUGUACACAAGGCUUGCUGCCAUGCCGAAGAAAGGGUGAGUUCAUUGAGGGGAAUGAGUUAUUUCUCAAACCAUGUCCUUGUCCAGGAACCCUUAUGUUUGUUGGAUCUGUUGUGAUAUAAUCUACAAAUUCAAGCGUCAAAUGCUUGUGGUUUAAACUGGAAGUCAAUAUUAAAAUCUUCAUCUGCGAUUGA